UUACAAGCCUCCAGGAAUGCAUUCAUAUCUUCAGUGACUACUUCUGUAUGCACGUAGAAAAACACUCCGAAGUCAACAAGCCAAAGCUUUGAUUUUGAUACCCCUAACCAGGAAGCCGUGCUUUUAUUUUCGUACACUUGACGCUGGUCCCUCGCAGUGACGGGGAGAAGUGUCGAUCGGAGGCUCGCCACCUGGCGAUGCGAGUUCUUGAGUUGUGGGGCGUUACCAGGUGUUAGUCUGAUCCCACAGCUUUCCCACCGUGUUAGUGUCCGCUUUCUGUUUCUCUCUCCCCGCACAGAGAGUUUACCCAUACGAUCAUGUGUGACUUUCUGUGAUAAGAACGGGAUGCCCGCUCUGUGAAUCGGCGCCGGAUGGAUGGAUGGAUGUGUACAGCGUUCUAGGGCGCACUGGAAUAACACAGCAAACUGACAGGGGAUCAGUGUUCUGCGCGGCUUUUUUCCGUCUGGAGUUCAUCCUUUUUUUGCCAUCUCUGGAUUUGUUACAUGUAGUGGUGGGAACGUGCAACAUUUAUUCUUAAGCUCUGAUCACCUGCUAUGUGUCUGGUGUGGAAAAUACCUGGUGGAAGGUGUACAGCGGGAUCCAGUCAGGGAGGACAGGACAUCUGCAACUGAUAAAUCUCCUUUUCUAAUUUAUUUCAUUUGUUUUAAUUCUGUGCGUAAUGUACGUGGAAUGAAGACAGAGGAUGGAUAUAAUUUGGGAAAUACUGAUCAUUCUUCAUGCCAAUCUUAUUGUCUGCAUAUCAGCACAACCGAAUCCACCGAAAAUUCACGAUGGAUGGUGGGCGUACAAGGAGGGGGUGCAGGGAAGCUUUGUUCCAGUGCCGUCGUUCUGGGGAUUGGUAAACUCUGCCUGGAACCUGUGCUCGGUGGGGAAGAGGCAGUCGCCAGUCAACAUCGAGACCAGCCACAUGAUCUUUGACCCUUUCCUCACGCCCAUAAAGCUGAACACAGGUGGACGCAAGGUGGGAGGGACGAUGUACAACACUGGCCGCCACGUCUCUCUGCGACUGGACAAGGAGCAUCUGGUCAACAUCUCUGGUGGGCCAAUGACGUACAGCCAUCGUCUGGAGGAGAUCCGGCUACACUUCGGCAGCGAGGACGGUCAGGGCUCUGAACACCUGCUGAAUGGACAGGCCUUCUCUGGAGAGGUUCAGCUGAUCCACUACAACCAUGAGCUGUACACAAAUUAUACAGAAGCUGCUAAAAGCCCCAAUGGACUGGUCAUAGUGUCCAUAUUCAUGAAGAUUGCUGAGACGUCAAACUCGUUCCUGAAUCGAAUGCUGAACAGAGACACCAUCACAAGAAUAACAUAUAAAAAUGAUGCAUAUCUCCUGACUGGCCUGAACAUAGAGGAGAUUUACCCAGAGACAAGUAGUUUUAUCACAUAUGAUGGAUCAAUGACCAUCCCUCCAUGCUUUGAGACAGCCACAUGGAUCCUGAUGAACAAGCCAGUGUACCUCACACGCAUGCAGAUGCACUCCUUGCGGCUGCUGAGCCAGAACCAGCCAUCUCAGAUCUUCCUGAGCAUGAGCGACAACGUUCGCCCGGUCCAGCCUCUGAACAACCGCUGCAUCCGCACCAAUAUCAACUUCAGCAUGCAGGGAAAAGACUGCCCCAACAACCGGGCUCAAAAGCUCCAGUACCGAGUGAACGAGUGGUUGCUAAAGUAGCCUCCCUUGGAUGAGCAUGGAGAUGAGUGUCAGAGAUGGAGAGCGGGACGAAGGGAGGCGGGAGAGAUGUGAAACCGGGCUUAGGGCUGCAUCUCAUCUAAGAUUAUUUCAUGGCAUUGUACAAAGACGAACAACACCGGACAUACGAAUUAAGGAACUUUGCGUUGCGAGCAAAGAGAUUCUUUUCAUACAUUGAGAACAGUUUGAACCCUCGAUCUACCACAUGCAAACAAGCCCUUUCCCCCCACUGUACAACUAUAUCUACAUGGACAUUUUGAUACCAAUACUUUUUUUGGGAAAAUACCAAAAAAAAAAAAAGACACUUGGAAACAAAUGAAAAAAAAUAACGUGGAAGCAUUUAUUUGAUAGCCUCCCAGCCAAGUAGGAAAACGUUGGGACUUUAAAGCCUUUGUACAUAAAAUUGUAAGUGGGACUAAGUCACUGACCCCCAUCCCUCUGGUCAAGGCAAAGUGGUGAACAGCACUCACAAGGACAUUUCAUUACAGUCACAAAACAAGGCAUGCAAUCAGCAAAAACCAUGAAGGAGGGAGCACAGCCUUACCUUGUCAUUUUCCAAAACUAGUCAUGUCAUGGGAGAUGAGCAGAUAUUUACAGGCUUUCUUAAGGCCUCAGAGCAACCAGUGUCUUGGCCUCGUUUGUACAUAUUAUAAUUAUCAAUACUGCAGAAAAAUGAAUAUUUAAAGAAAAGUAAUGAAUUAACAUUCAAAAGAUAUAUUAAGAUGAUUUAAAAAAAAAAAAAAGAAAAAAGACAAAAAGUUGAGAAUUUUAAAAAGCUUGGCACACUUUGAAGUCUGGAACAGUUCUCAGUCUGAGCUGAUGCCUUUUUUUUCUGUUUUAUUGUUUACAAUGGUCAUACACUGUGUUUGAGUAAUGUUAUCAGCCCAAUAAAUGUGUCUGGAAAGUUCACUUUGGAAAAUGCUUCACUAUAUGAGGAUCUGACUUAUUGUACCUGUACCUGUUUUGUACUGUUCCAUAUUAAAUGUGUUGAUAUGUCAAUAUUCCUCCUCAUGGGCAUGCUCAAUAACACUGGCAUCACAGAGGAAGCAUUGCUCAGAGAUUACAAUCACAGAUAUCAGGGCAGCGUUUGCUUGACAGGGCCUGUAAAUGAAUGGCACAGGACAGAUUACAGUCUGGUUUUCUUUCCUUUGUUUGCGUGAUACAGCUGAAGCUUAUCAGCCCUGCACAGAAGAAGCUCAGGGUUACCGUGACCUGUCAUAGUCUUUCAAAUCACAUCAGCGGUCAUCGGGGGGAGUAGAAGGAGAAAGGAACCUCCUCUCCGAUAUGAGUACACGACUAACAAGGUCAAAUAUACGGUGUGGUUCUGCCCACAGGGAGCCGAGGAAAAAGUCAGCCUUGACUUCAUGACUGGUCUACUUGGUGGUUACAGAAGGUCAGGACAAA